CAGUAAUCAACAAGAACUUUACCAAGCAACAUGCAAAAGACAAGCAGCAUUCUCAUCCUGGCAAUUGUGGCUUUCGCUGCCUGCAUUGAGGCGAUGCCACAAAAGUACCAGACGCUACCCUAUUACCCGAAACCAACACCUCAACCUCGUCCCAUUCGAGUUAGGCGCCAGGUUUUGGGCGGCUCGGUGUCUUCGGAUCCCGCUGGUGGCUCAAAUGCACGACUGAGUAUCACCAAAGGCAUUGGAACUCCCGAUCACAAUGUUAUUGGACAAGCCUUUGCAACUGGUAAUACAGCAAGAGGACCAGUUACAACUGGAGGAACCCUAGCCUACAACAAUCAUGGCCAUGGCAUCGAUCUGACCAGGACGCACACGCCAGGCGUGCAGGACAGCUUCCAGCAGUCGGCGCAUGCCAAUCUGUUCAACAACGGCAAACACAACCUGGACGCCAAGGUCUUUGCCUCACAGAACAAACUGGCCAAUGGUUUUAAGUUCGAGCGCAAUGGAGCUGGCUUGGACUACUCCCACAUCAACGGUCAUGGCGCUAGCUUGACACACAGCAACAUUCCCGGCAUUGGUCAGCAAUUGGGCUUGGAUACACGGGCCAAUCUGUGGUCAUCGCAGGAUCGCAACACUCGCCUCGAUCUGACCGGCAAUGCAUCCAGGUGGACAAGUGGUGCAUUCAGUGGCAAGAACAACUUUGGAGCUGGUCUGGGAUUGACCCAUAGUUUCGGCUAAAAUUGUCAAUUGUAAAUUGGCAUUUUUCAUAUACGAAUAUUCCAAAUAAUUUAUUUCUAUUAAUAAAACAAUAUACUUGAAUCAGAAAA